AUUCGUGGCCAUUCUGUUAUUUCCUGAAGGUGUGCACACAGCUCCAUAAGUAAAGCCUCCAGAUCGGGACAUCCGUCACUCUGCUUACCUGCUCGCCUGCUUUGUGUCUGGUUUUUCGAUUCCUACAAUUUCAUUCCAUCCCUUGCUACUAUCAUCGUCAUGGCUUCCGUCAGAGAAUUUCCCACCAUCAAGGCCAUCCGGUCAUAUGUCAUUGGAGGCGUUGGCUCGGGUGGUGAUUAUCACAACGUGGAAGGAGGCCACUGGCUCAUCGACUCGCCGAUAUCCACACCCUGCUCACAAUGGGAGCAAUACCGCAAGUCCCGCACAAGCUGGGGCAUCAACGUUCUCGGCUCCUUUUUGGUAGAGAUAGAGGCCAGCGAUGGCACGGUGGGCUUCGCGACGGGCUUCGGCGGCCCUCCCGGAUGCUGGCUGGUCCAUCAGCACUUUGAGCGGUUUCUCAUCGGUGCCGACCCACGUAACACCAACCUCCUCUUUGAGCAAAUGUACCGGGGCUCCAUGUUUUACGGCCGCAAGGGCCUUCCUAUCGCCGUCAUCUCCGUCAUCGACCUGGCCCUCUGGGACCUGCUCGGCAAGCUCCGCAACGAGCCCGUCUAUAGGCUCAUUGGUGGCGCCACCAAGGAGCGCCUCAAUUUCUACUGCACCGGCCCUGAGCCCACAGCCGCCAAGGAGAUGGGCUUCUGGGGCGCCAAGGUGCCUCUGCCGUACUGUCCCGAGGAGGGGCACGCUGGCCUCAAGAAGAACGUCGAGUUCCUGCGCAAGCACCGCGAGGCGGUCGGGCCAGAUUUCCCCCUCAUGGUGGAUUGCUACAUGAGCCUGAACGUGCCCUACACGAUUGAGAUCGCCAAGGCCUGCCUGGACCUCAACAUCAACUGGUGGGAGGAGUGCCUGACGCCCGAUGACACAGACGGGUUCGCGCAGAUCAAGCGCGCCCACCCGACGCUCAAGUUCACCACGGGCGAGCACGAGUACAGCCGCUACGGCUUCCGGAAGCUCGUCGAGGGCCGCAACCUGGACAUCAUCCAGCCGGACGUCAUGUGGCUGGGCGGGCUGACGGAGCUGCUGAGGGUCUCGGCCAUGGCGGCCGCGUACGACAUCCCUGUGGUGCCGCACGCGAGCGGGCCUUAUAGCUACCACUUCGUCAUAAGCCAACCCAACACGCCGUUCCAGGAGUACCUGGCCAACAGCCCCGACGGGAAGAGCGUGCUUCCUGUGUUUGGCGACCUGUUUCUGGAUGAGCCCAUCCCCACCAAGGGAUACCUGACCACCAAAGACCUGGACAAGCCUGGCUUUGGGCUCACCCUGAAUCCGGCUGUGAGGGCCAAGCUGAUCAGCGGGCAGUCCCUGCUGAACCCGGCGCCAUCAAAGAGCUUGACGACGGAAGAGGAGAAGGAAGCGGCGGACAAGGCCAAUGGGGUUUCAUCAUCAUGA